CAAUCUCUAGCCAUCAACCGUAAGAACAUCAUAAAUCAAAGCAAAAUGAAUCUCAUCAAACACACCGACGACCUCUUCUCCCGCAUCCGCCAGUGAAACCGGAUUCGUCGACCCCCAUGGCGGCGUCGAAAGCAGAUGAGGUGAUCGAUUCUCCUUCCUUGUCGCUUGGCGCUCGAUUCUCCUUCAUUGUUGUUUGUCUAGGCCCUGGAUUUGAGGCAUCGAAGAAGAACCACUUCCUCCUCGGCCACACCCACCUCCACAGUCCCUCUCCUCCGCCGUCCAUAUCCUUCCCCCCUUCGAAUCGCACAUCAUCCUUGUCGCCCUCCCCGAGAAGACGGAGGAGCGAGUCAAUCGCUAAGUUCCUGGACUCGGCACCCCCGAUCUGGAAGUGGAAGCCGGGAAGUCGCUGGAAUCGACGAGCAGGGGAAGUCGACGACCCCAACCUCCCCGAGCGCCCUCAUCCCACCGUCGCUGUUGUAUCACCUCUGCAUCUAGUCGCCGCCAGCUCAUGUUGCCUCAAUGCCGAGUUUCCAUCGCCGUCCAGGCCAUCGAAGAAAGGAGGAACAUGGAGCAAGUGUUGAAGAAGAGCAAGCGUUGAAAAGUAGAUUGGAGGAAAGGAAGGGAUGACACUGUCCGAACAAAUAUCGCCAAGUCAGCAUUUUUGUUUGUCCAUUCAGCCUAUUAGUUGACACCGUUAAAGAAUUGGACGGAAGUGGCUAUAAGUGGUAUUUCUCCAAAAUUGGCUAUUAUUGGCAAAACCUCGAAAGUUUUGGCUAUACAAGUGUAUUUUUCCAAAUAAAUAUGACUAAUGUGG